GGCUGAAGCUAUUUUGGCUGCCUAGUAUUCGUUCAAUUUCUCGUGGCGAAAGCCAUGCUCGUGCGAGUGCUGGCAAUCCUUGCCCUGGCGGCAGGCACUUGCAAAGACAAGGCCUGCAAUCAGGGGCCUCAGCUGCUCCAGAGAAGGUCUUUGGUGGAGAAGCUUGAGAGCAGCGAGAACAGCGAGAGCUACGAGAGCAGCGACACCGAGGAGGAGUUCUUCGAAUGCGAGAUCAGCGUGGUGGAGAUGGACCUCGACAACUCGGAGCGCCAGGAGGUUUUCUGCCACACGCAGAACGAGGUCCUGGAAUUGGAGCUCGGCGGCGAGAAGUCCAAGAAAAACCCCGAGCUGACCACGGGUGAGAAGGCGAAGAUUAAGGGCUUUCGGGGGGAGCGCAAGGUCCGUGUCAGCUCCAUGGAGGUGAAGGGCAAGGGCAAAAGCGGCAGAAGCCUUUUGCAGAGCAACGUGGGCGUACGCAGCGCCAUGGUGCUCAUGGUCCGGUGGCUGGAUGAAGGUGGGAACUUGAUCCCAUCGUCAAUGGACGACGUAUCAGAGCGCCAGACAAUGGCGGAGAUAGUGAACAACACUGUUUUCGGCGUUCAUGACAGGAAUGUCCAACAAACGUUGGCGGGCGCCUGGAAGGAAUGCUCCUACAAUCAGCUGGAGCUGGACUUUGAUGUGGACAAGCAGGUCAACGAUUUGGGCCCUGGGCAGGGUGCCGACAUCUUCUACGUCGACCUUCCCCGGGUCUGCGAUACGACAAAGGACCCCAUGUGCCCGCACGACUACAACACCACGAAUUCCUGCGGCGGCAAGGAAUAUUAUGGGUGGUCAGGGUACUCCUGGCAACUUCUUGCGCAAAGAUAUCCAAACUUUGACAACAGCCUUUGGCAGCACAAGAUCGUAAUCUUUCCGAAGGAUGUUGUGAAGUGCAGCUUUGCUGGCAUGGGCAAUGUUGGGUGCAGCGCAAGUUAUUGCUUUUCCUGGAUCCCCACGAGUUGGGCGCACAAGGUCGCGGAUUACAUGCACGAGAUGGGCCACAACCUGGGCAUGGGCCAUGCCGGCGAGAUUGAUGGCAGCCCGUUUUCGGACAUGUCUGAUGCCAUGGCGGCCUGCUGCCCCACGCGGUGCUACAACGCCCCACACAAUAUGCUGUUGGGCUGGAUGAUGCCAAUGCUGGAGCUGCGCGAUGCCAACUUUGUGGAGCCUGUCUCCGUGACGUUGAAGUCUAUGUCGGCGAGCAAGGACGGGGUUAUCAAAAUCCAUACGGACUGGAGCGACUCCCCACAGAAUUGGUGGAUCGCGAUGAAGAGCUCGGACUCCUAUGACCAGUUCCUCACACACAGCCGCAGGGACAACGUGCAGAUCAAGAGCUGGAACGGCGAGAAAUCGACAACACACUAUGCCACCAUAGAAUCCGGCGAAAACUGGACCUGCUCUAACGGGGAUUGGAAUGUGAAGCUGGAGCAGGUGAUGAUCAUUGACGGCGUAGCGUCGGCGGUACUGACCCUCACUCGCGCCAACUACCCUACGACGACCACCGCCGCAACCACGACCACCGCCACCACGACCACCACCACGACCACCACCACGACCACCACCACGACGACCACCACGACCACCACAACCACCACGACGACCGCAACCACCACGACGACCACAACCACCACGACGACCACCACGACCACCACGACCACCACGACAACCACGACCACCACAACCACCACAACCACCACAACCACCACGACGACCACGACAACCACCACGACGACCACAACCACGACCACAACCGCCACGACCACCACGGUGGACCUGUGUGCGGGGGUGACUUGUUCUCCCAUGGACGAGUGCCACAUCGCCGGGGUUUGCAACCCUGCCACGGGCACCUGCUCCAACCCGCUUGCACCUGACGGAGCAAGCUGCACGUCCGGCGGCGUUUGCGAUGUGUCCAGUUGUGCAGCCGGCCAGUGUGAGGUGACUUCCCAGCGCGACGGGUGCUGCGGGAACUCCAAAUGCGAGGCUGGCGAGGACUGCGUGUCCUGUGCCGCUGAUUGUGCAUCGGCCAGCACUGGCGGCGGUGCCGAGUGCGGCAACGGAAUUUGUGAGGCCGGGGAUGGGGAGGACUGCUUCAGCUGCCCCGCGGAUUGCGCGCGAAAGCUGAGUGGCCGUCGCAGCCGACGCUAUUGCUGCGGGGCUCGCUGGACAGGUUGCUCUGACCAGUGCAACAGGGACGGCUUCACAUGCAGGACGACCAAAGCGCCUGUGGUGUCCAGCUGCUGCGGGGAUGGCACGUGUACCGCAAGCCUGGAGACGGCGUUUUCGUGUAGCAUCGACUGCACGUAGAGCAAACAGUACUCAGAAGUCAAAUUUGACCUCUGUUCAGAAUCCGUGCAAGCGUCGCACUUUGGGCGCACAGAGCCCUGAGUGUGAGAAUUUGAAAUGCCUUUGCGGGCAAUAGAAACUGCAAGCCACACAGAUAUGACAUGGCUGUAGAUUUGAAAGGCUGUGUGUCGAAAA